AUGGAACAUAAAGCUCACCAAUCUCUGCAACCAUGCGCAAGCAAAUACCUCCAGUACAGGUGGGAUAAGAGCAGCUAUGACAUACAUGAUAAAAAGAUUCAGUCUACAAAGGCAAAGGUUAACACGUCUCCACCUAAGAUCUACAGUCACAUUCUUGCGAAAAGGAAAAAGAGAAUGAUGGAGGAAGAACGCGUUUCAAAGAUCCAAAGAGAAAAUCAUAUGCUACUGAAUAAAAUAACCCACAUCAAGCAAACUGCUGGGCGAAUUGACUGCAGAAAUGAGUAUGUGAAUAAAAGGCAUGACACAGACAAAAGGCAAGAAGCACUGCUUGAAAUUGUGAAGACGAAUAAAAUAAUCCUCAGACGAUUAUCACAGUGCACAUCGUACUACAGUGUAGAAGGGUGGAAUGAACAGUGGUUAAAAACCCUUGAUCAUAUGAAGAGCCUUGGGCGAUUUCCACCAUUAAGACAUGUUCAGCCAUCUGUAGAUGUGUUGCCACAGAAGACCAUGGUGUUAUCUAAAGGGAAGGCAAAUCACAUGAGAUAAAAACAUGAAAAAUGAGAUAAAUACAAGAAGUUGCAAGAAAGAAAAUUGACCAAUACUUUUAAUUUAAAUUUCAGAUAAUCGGCUUUUUAUGAAUGAUCUUCUAUAGAAGUCUAAAGCUAAAAAUGCUUGUAUUUAAUAGACUACAGUAUAUUUGUCUGUAACUGACUUUUUCAAAACACUGCUAUUACUAUAAUGUACAGGACGCAACUAGAACAAUGUAGUACCUAUUGUAAUGUGCAGACAUGCAUGAAGAAGUUUAAAGAAGUGGAAACCAACACUGAAAACAAAAUAAACAGUGGGAGACAAUCAGCUAUGACAAAGGGGAUUUUCGAAGAGGAUUUGAGGAUCGAG